GGCGGGACUUGCCUAAAAGUUAAGUGGCAUUUGCGAGUAAAUAACGCGUCGCGCCCAUGCUACGUCAUCACCAGGCGCCCGAGCAGCGCAGCAGCAGCGGCGGGAGAGUGACCGUUUCUAAAUCGCGGAGGAUUCAUCAAAGCAGAAAUGACUCAGAGAAAGAGGCUGUCCAACACCCAGAGCUCCUCCCAGAACAAGAGACCGUCGGUGCCGUUGGCGUCUCAGGAAGAAGACGAUGAUUCGACGUUCCCUCAGCCAAGUUCUUCUCAGGUUCAGAGAGGGCUGGAGAGGUUCACACCUGCACAGGUAGACCAGAAGACGGCGGAGGUGGUGCAGUUCUUCCUGGUUCGGGACCAGAAGAAGAUUCCUGUUCGCAGAGCAGACCUGGUGAAACACGUGUUGAAGGAUUACAGAAACAUUUACCCAGAAAUCAUGAAGAGAGCAGCGCGCACCUUUGACCAGGUGUUUGGUCUUAAAAUCGUUGAAAUCGACUCUAAGAACCACAUGUACAUCCUGGUUAAUAAGCUGGAGACGGCCGAGGCCCCGCCCAUCACAAAUCCCACCAAUCCAAAGACAGGUCUGCUGUUUGUGGUGCUGAGUCUUAUCUUCAUGAAAGGAGGAGCUGUCAGAGAGAACCUGAUCUGGAACACUCUGAAGAAACUUCGAGUUGACGCCGGAGAGAAACAUGAAGAGUUUGGAGAUGUAAAGAAGGCGAUCACAGACGAGUUUGUGCGUCAGAGGUAUCUGGAGUACGUGAGGAUCCCUCACACGGAGCCGGUGGAGUUUGAGUUUCGUUGGGGUCAACGAGCCGAAGUGGAAGUUUCCAAAGUGAAAAUCCUCGAGUUCAUGGGAGAACUCCAUGAUCAGGACCCUCAGAGUUGGACUCAGCAGUUCAGAGAAGCUCACUCCAUCUCCGGCUCCUUGCAGUCCGCCCCCAGCAACAGAUAACUCUUAAUGUUAUUAACAGAUAACUCUUGAUGUUAUUAACAGAGAGAAGUCUGGAUCUUAUUAACAGAAAGAAGUCUUAAUGUUAGGAUGUUAUUAACAGAGAGAAGUCUGGAUGUUACUAACAUAAAGAAGUCUUAAUGUUAGGAUGUUAUUAACAGAGAGAAGUUUUGAGGUUAUUAACAGAGAAGUCUGGAUGUUAUUAACAGAGAGAAGUCUGGAUGUUAUUAAAGGAACACGCCGACUUAUUGGGAAUUUAGCUUAUUCACCGUAACCCC